CCCGCUGCAACGCCUUCCAGAAAAGGCCACCGCGGCCCGGGUUGCAGCGGCCGGACGGAUGCCAAGGCCACACGGCAGGCGCGGGGGCAGCCGUCGCAGUCGCCGUCCCACGCGCGCUGCGGACACCCAGGGUUGCUGAACUUUCUCUAAAACAACUGACGCUGCUGACACCCCCAGAGCCGAAGGUGCCAUAAUUGCUGAAGUUUAAAAGAAAAUUUAUACAAGGAAUAAGUAAUUCAGGAAACGGAACCCAAUCUAGAGAUGAAGUGAUUGAGAAGAAACAGUGAACAUCCUCAUUUCACAGAUAAGACAGCAUGGAUCAGCCUUUUACUGUGAAUUCUCUGAAAAAGUUAGCUGCUAUGCCUGACCAUACAGAUGUUUCCCUAAGCCCAGAAGAGCGAGUCCGUGCCCUAAGCAAACUUGGUUGUAAUAUCACCAUCAGUGAAGACAUUACUCCACGACGUUACUUUAGGUCUGGAGUAGAGAUGGAGAGGAUGGCGUCUGUGUAUUUGGAAGAAGGAAAUUUGGAAAAUGCCUUUGUUCUUUAUAAUAAAUUUAUAACCUUGUUUGUAGAAAAGCUUCCUAACCAUCGAGAUUACCAGCAAUGUGCAGUACCUGAAAAGCAGGAUAUUAUGAAGAAACUGAAGGAGAUUGCAUUCCCAAGGACAGAUGAAUUGAAAAACGACCUUUUAAAGAAAUAUAACGUAGAAUAUCAAGAAUAUUUGCAAAGCAAAAACAAAUAUAAAGCUGAAAUUCUCAAAAAACUGGAGCAUCAGAGAUUGAUAGAGGCAGAAAGGAAGCGGAUUGCUCAGAUGCGCCAGCAGCAGCUAGAAUCAGAGCAGUUUCUGUUUUUUGAAGAUCAACUCAAGAAGCAAGAGUUAGCCCGAGGUCAGAUGCGAAGUCAGCAAACCUCGGGGCUGUCGGAGCAGAUUGAUGGGAGCGCUUUGUCCUGCUUUUCCACACACCAGAACAAUUCCUUGCUGAAUGUAUUUGCAGAUCAACCUAAUAAAAGUGAUGCAACCAAUUAUGCUAGCCACUCUCCUCCUGUUAACAGGGCCUUAACGCCAGCUGCUACUCUAAGUGCUGUUCAGAAUUUAGUGGUUGAAGGACUGCGAUGUGUAGUUUUGCCAAAAGAUCUUUGCCACAAAUUUCUGCAGCUGGCAGAAUCUAAUACAGUGAGAGGAAUAGAAACCUGUGGAAUACUCUGUGGAAAACUGACACAUAAUGAAUUUACUAUUACUCAUGUAAUUGUGCCAAAGCAGUCUGCGGGACCAGACUAUUGUGACGUGGAGAAUGUAGAGGAAUUAUUCAAUGUGCAGGAUCAACAUGAUCUCCUCACUCUAGGAUGGAUCCAUACGCAUCCCACUCAAACUGCAUUCUUAUCCAGCGUUGAUCUUCACACUCACUGUUCCUAUCAACUCAUGUUACCAGAGGCCGUUGCCAUUGUUUGCUCACCAAAGCAUAAAGACACUGGCAUCUUCAGGCUCACGAAUGCUGGCAUGCUUGAGGUUUCUGCUUGUAAAAAAAAGGGCUUUCAUCCACACACCAAGGAGCCCAGGCUGUUCAGUGUUCUUACCUCUGUUGCUAGAUUAUUGUCCAAAUGUGUUAAUGCCCAAGUGACUGAUAUCAGCUCCAAGGAAUUUGAAUUGAGGAAGAUCGUUACUACAAUUGAGACUCAGAACUUGGAAGGCCUGCAUCACGAGGGCCAAUUCUGCCGUGACCCCUGUCCUCCAGGUGAAAGGAAAGCUAGGGACUGCACAGUCAAUGAGGAUGAACCAGACUGCGUGCCCUGCCAAGAAGGGAAGGAGUACACAGACAAAGGCCAUUUUUCUUCCAAAUGCAGAAGAUGUAGAUUGUGUGAUGAAGGACAUGGCUUAGAAGUGGAAAUAAACUGCACCCGGACCCAGAAUACCAAGUGCAGAUGUAAACCAAACUUUUUUUGUAACUCUGCUGUAUGUGAACACUGUGACCCUUGCACCAAGUGUAAACAUGGAAUCAUCGAGGAAUGCACACUCACCAGCAACACCAAGUGCAAAGAGGAAGAUUCCAGAUCUGAUUUGCCGUGGUUAUGUCUUCUUCUUCUCCUAAUUCCACCAAUUGUUUAUGUGGUGAUAAAGAAAACAUGCAGAAAGCACAGAAAGGAAAACCAAGGUCCUCAUGAAUCUACAACCUUAAAUCCUGAAACAGCAAUAAAUUUAUCUGAUGUUGACUUAAGUAAAUAUAUCACCACUAUCGCUGGACUCAUGACACUAAGUCAAGUUAGAGACUUUGUUCGAAAGAAUGGUGUCAGUGAAGCCAAAAUAGAUGAGAUCAAGAAUGACAAUGUCCAAGACACAGCAGAACAAAAAGUUCAACUGCUUCGUAAUUGGUAUCAACUUCAUGGAAAGAAAGAUGCAUGUGACACAUUGAUUAAAGGUCUAAAAACAGCCGAUCUUUGUACUGUUGCAGAGAAAGUUCACGCUGUCAUCCUCAAGGACAUUACUAGUGACACAGAAAAUUCGUUCGGAAAUGAAGUCCAAAACUUGGUCUAGAGCAAAAAACAACAAAUUCAGUUCUGAGUAUAUGCAAUUAGUGUUUGAAAAGAUUCUUAAUAGCUGGCUGUAAAUACUGCUUGGUUUCUUACUGGGUACAUUUUAUCAUUUAUUAGCUCUGAAGAGCCAACAUAUUUAUAGAUUUUUAAUAUCUCAUGAUUCUGCCUCCAAGGAUAUUUAAAAUCUAGUUGGGAAGACAAAUGUCAUCAAGAGUAAAUGCAGUGGCAUGCUAACUACCCAAAUAGGAGUGUAUGCAGAGGACAAAAGAUUAAGAUUAUCUUCUGGUAUCUAACAUAUGAUUCUGUAGUAUGAAUGUAAUCAGUGUAUAUUAGUACAAAUGUCUAUCCACAGGCUAACCCCAUUCCAUGAAUCAACAGAAGAAGCUAUGACCUUCUGUUGGAAUGUCAGUUACUGAACAGGCCACUUUGCCUCUAAAUUACCUCUGAUCAUUCUAGAGAUUUUACCAUAUUUCUAAACUUUGUUUACAACUCUGAGAGGAUCAUAUUUAUGUAAAGUAUAUGUAUUCAGAUGAAGAAUUUAAAUAAGGCUCUACCUCAGAGAAUUUUGCACAGAUUAAUCGUAUCAUAGUAUACAAUAUUUCAAUUGUGAAUUCACAUAGAAAACAUUAACUUAUAAUAUUUUACUAUCAUAUAUGUGUAUACAUUUUACCGGCUCAAAACCACCUACUUCUUUCUCAGGUGUCAAAAGCAUUUUGAGCAGGAGAGUAUUGCUAGAGCUUUGCCACCUCUCCAUUUUCUCCUUGGUGCUCAUCUUAAUGGCCCAAUGUACCCCCAAACAUGGAAGUAUCAUCAAAAAAUUGCUUAAAUCACCAAAAAGCAAGACUGCCCUUAGAAAUUCUAGCCUGGUUUGGAGAUACUAACUGCUCUCAGAGAAAGUAGCUUUGUGACAUGUCAUAAACCCGUGUCUGCAAUCAAAGAUGAUAAAGCAGAUUCUUAUAUUUCCCCCACUCCCCAAAAUGUUCAAUAAUGUCCCAUGUAAAACUUGCUACAAAUGGCAGUUUAUACAUAGCAAUGGUAAAAUCAUUAUAUGGAUUUAGGAAUUGCUCUUGUCAUGCCCUGUAGGUUCUUAGACUUAAAAGCCUUCUCAUUGCUGCUAUCCUACAUUUAAAUACCUUUGAAAGUUUGUAUUAAAUGUGAAUUUUAAGAAAUAAUAUUUAUAUUUCUAUAAAUGUAAACUGUGAAGAGAGUUAAAAACUGAAGCAGAUACCUAGAACCACCUAAAGAACUUCCAUUUAUAGAGGAUUUUUUGCCCCUUGUGUUUGGAAUUAUAAAAUAUAGGUAAAAAUUUCUGGUUUUCUCUUUUUUGGUAGGGGCUUGCUUUUUGGUUUUGUGUUCCUUUUCUCUAAAUGUUGCUAAAUAUAACUUGUUUAUGAAUCUUUAA